GAAGAACUGAACCCCAUUAUCGUUACCCCAUCGAUCCAAGCCAUUGAUCGGGACCGGAAUAUUCAGCCUCCAUCAGAUCGGCCAGGCAUCCUCUAUUCCAUCCUUGUUGGGACUCCUGAGGAUUACCCACGAUUUUUCCAUAUGCAUCCUAGGACUGCAGAACUUAAUCUCCUGGAGCCAGUAAACAGAGACUUUCACCAGAAAUUUGAUUUGGUUAUUAAGGCUGAACAGGACAAUGGCCAUCCUCUUCCUGCUUUUGCCAGUCUACAUAUAGAAAUACUGGAUGAAAACAAUCAGAGCCCAUAUUUUACAAAGCCCAGUUAUCAAGGCUAUAUCCUGGAAUCUGCCCCAGUGGGAGCAACCAUUUCUGACAGUCUAAAUUUGACCACUCCUUUAAAAAUCGUAGCUUUGGACAAAGACAUAGAAGACGUUCCAUCUGGUGGAGUUCCUACAAAAGACCCAGAGCUUCACCUGUUUCUGAAUGAUUACACCUCAGUCUUCACUGUCACACAGACUGGUGUCACUCGUUACCUCACCUUACUUCAGCCAGUGGACAGGGAAGAACAGCAAACUUACACCUUUUCGAUAACAGCGUUUGAUGGUGUACAAGAAAGUGAUCCAGUUAUCAUCGAUAUUCGAGUGAUGGAUGCAAAUGAUAACACUCCAACUUUCCCUGAAAUAUCCUACGAUGUCCAUGUUUACACAGAUAUGAGCCCUGGGGACAGUGUCAUACAGCUCACUGCAGUUGACGCAGACGAAGGGUCAAAUGGAGAGAUCACAUAUGAGAUCCUGGUCGGGGCUAAGGGAGACUUCAUCAUCAAUAAAACCACAGGCCUCAUCACCGUCGCUCCAGGGGUAGAGUUGAUAGUCGGGAGGACUUACGCACUCACCGUCCAAGCAGCGGAUAAUGCUCCUCCUGCAGAGAGAAGGCACUCCAUCUGCACUGUGUACAUUGAAGUGCUUCCUCCAAAUAAUCAAAGCCCUCCCCGCUUCCCACAGCUGAUGUAUAGCCUUGAAAUCAGUGAAGCCAUGAGGAUUGGUGCUGUUUUAUUAAAUCUACAGGCAACUGAUCGAGAGGGAGAUCCAAUAACAUAUGCCAUUGAGAAUGGAGAUCCUCAGCGAGUUUUUAAUCUUUCAGAAACUACUGGGAUUCUAACCUUAGGCAAAGCACUGGACAGGGAGAGCACUGAUCGCUACAUUUUGAUCAUCACAGCUUCAGAUGGCAGACCAGACGGGACUUCAACUGCCACAGUAAAUGUGGUAGUGACAGAUGUCAACGACAACGCUCCAGUGUUUGAUCCCUAUCUACCUAGAAAUUUAUCUGUGGUGGAGGAAGAAGCCAAUGCCUUUGUGGGCCAAGUAAGGGCAACAGACCCUGAUGCUGGAAUAAAUGGCCAAGUGCACUACAGUCUGGGUAACUUCAAUAAUCUUUUUCGCAUCACAUCCAAUGGGAGCAUUUACACAGCAGUGAAGCUUAACAGAGAAGUCAGAGACUACUAUGAACUUGUGGUUGUGGCAACCGAUGGAGCAAUACACCCUCGUCAUUCAACUCUAACACUGGCCAUCAAGGUUUUGGAUAUUGAUGAUAAUAGUCCUGUGUUCACCAACUCAACAUACACAGUUGUUGUUGAAGAGAAUUUGCCAGCUGGGACUACCUUUCUUAAAAUAGAGGCCAAAGAUGUUGACCUUGGAGCAAAUGUGUCUUAUAGGAUCAGAAGCCCAGAAGUGAAGCAUUUUUUUGCACUGCAUCCAUUUACAGGAGAGCUAUCCCUUUUAAGGAGCUUGGAUUAUGAGGCUUUUCCAGACCAGGAAGCAAGUAUCACUUUUCUGGUGGAGGCCUUUGAUAUUUAUGGAACAAUGCCACCUGGUAUUGCUACUGUCACAGUGAUAGUAAAGGAUAUGAAUGAUUAUCCUCCUGUAUUUAGUAAACGAAUCUACAAAGGGAUGGUGGCUCCAGAUGCAGUGAAGGGUACACCUAUCACAACAGUAUAUGCUGAAGACGCAGACCCUCCU